AUGGUCCCAAACAACCUUCCGUUAGACGCCAAGAUGGUAUCCCUCCUCGAACUCCCUGUGGAACUCGUCAAAGCGAUUGUGGACUUCGUGGACCCUGCCGACAAGCAGACCCUUUUCAACUUGACUCUCGUGUGCACAGCACUCAAUUCCCUGGCUACACCGGUCUUGUAUGACAGAGUGGUCUUCGACAGCUCGCAUUACGGCAACGCAGGCACUGCUCCAGUACCGACCUUUAUCCGCUCUGUUCUCUCUUCCCAAUAUCGAGCUUCACUGGUCAAGUCCUUUGCGAUCACGAACAAAGUUUGCGCAAACGCGGAAGGCGCCGGUUCUUUGGAUAUAUUCACGGCCAUCUGA